AUGGAUCGGUAUAUCAUUGGGGCCCCAAUUGGUGAGGGCCGCUUUGGUGUUGUUCGCGCUGCAGUUGUAAAAGACUCUGGAAUGCCGGCUGCAAUCAAAUUUCUUACCAUGUCCCGUCUUGAUGAGGGUAUUCCACAUCCUACGGCGCGAGAACUACUCGUUGCCAUGCGUUUGGUUCACCCCUUUAUUAUCCGUACGUAUGAAAUAUUUCCUGCUGGCUGCUCCCUGGCGUUGGUGAUGGAGCGUUGCAAGGGCGAUCUGGCCGUCGUUCUCUCGGGGAGAAGUCCCAGCAACCCGCUUCCCGCAUGGAAGGCGAAAUCUCUGUUUAAGAUGCUACUGUUGGCGUUAGCAUACAUGCACAGCGAAGGUGUUCUCCAUCGUGAUGUGAAGCCUUCCAAUUGCUUCUUGACCGAGGAGGGAGAACUACGCCUUGGCGAUUUUGGGUUGAGCCGUGUGUGGGAGAAGGAGGCGUCCAUGACGCACGAGGUGGUUUCGAGGUGGUACCGGGCUCCCGAGUUGCUCCUGGGUCAGCGACACUAUGGAACGGAAAUUGAUAUGUGGUCCUCCGGGUGCGUGUUUGCAGAACUGUUGCGCGGGUACAGUGGAGCAUUUUUUGCAGGCGAUGGUGAAAUCUGGCAGCUCUCACGCAUCUUUGACGUAUUGGGGACACCGACCCCCAAAUCCUGGCCUUCAGCUGUCUUGCUUCCAGAUUGGGGAAAGGUACAUUUUGAGCCCAAGUCUCCUCGUUCUCUGCGUGCGUUUUUUCCAGACGCCUCCGACUUUGCGUUGGAUUUGCUGCAGCAGUUACUCUGCUUGAAUCCGCAAAAGCGUUUGACUGCUGCUGCCGCUCUUCGUCAUGCCUACUUUAGCGAAGACCCAACUUAG